AACAUCCUGGGAAACAAAAUGGACGGAUCAAGGAGUGUAUUAGCCGCUUUCUAAGAUAAAAGUUAAAUGUGUUAUAGUUGCUUUAUCUUUGUAUCGAAUCUGAAAACUGAUGUUAUAAUCGUAGUACUGCGGACAUUUACUUAAUUUUUUACAUAUAGAUACGAGAUUCUUACGGACUUCGGCUAGAGUUCACCUUCUUGAAAUAUGGUAUCCAUUUUGUGAUCAAUCGUGUUGUGUGGCGUUUUAAGACAGCAAUGGAAACUCUGGAUUUUUGGAGUUUUCAAUGGAAAAUUCUUCUAGCUCACUCUUAAAGGAGUGAUGGAUUCAUACAAUUUAUUUGGCGAUGAUGGAAGCGGUAUGUUGGAAGGACUUACAGAUCUCGGUGGAAAUGACAGUUUUUCGACUAAUCCACCAUCAGGAGUAGCUGGUGAUAAUAAAGAUUCUGCAGAAAAUAGUUACAGACAAUCUUUUAAUACCAGUUCUGUGGCCCAAGAAGGAACAAUACAAAAACUGGCUUCGUUCGGGGCAGGUAGUGCUAGUGGAAUCCCUAGCAACUCGCAGCCAGUGCCCAAUCCAACACCUGGGCCUCCUGGACCGGAAUAUCAUGAAUAUGGCAGCUACCCUCCUCGUCCCAGGUUACCGCAGCCCCCACAUGCAUCAUUACAUUCAUCUCAUCACGUCCAUCCCUCUCAUUCAUAUCCUGGCUACCAUCCUGGUCCAGAAGGGAUGUACUCUAUGCCAGAGCAAGGAAUUUCAGACAUGGGGGUGUGGUCAGGUGGACCUGGACCUAAUAGAUAUACGCCAAUUGCGUCAAGCUAUCGACAUUCCUAUGAACAUCAACAAAAAUUGCACCAGUACCCACCUCAACAGGGGCCGGCUUUAGGCGGACUUCAGCCGCAAAAUGGAGCAUAUUUACCCAGACAACCCCAUUUUUCACAAUCUCCGGCACAACAAAUUUAUGGUCAGCAACAACAGAAUUAUCCAAAUUAUGCUCAAAUGCAUCCACCGGCUUCUACGAGAUUAAGUCAACAUCCUACAUAUCACCAGCAAAUGGAUGUAAAUGCACAUCAAUAUGGAUUGCCUCAUAGCCAGCCAAGCCACGCUUCAUUACAGCAUCAAGCUCUUCAAAACAUGCCUGGACAUGCGGGAGGCCUCGGCUCUUCUAUACAAAGUCACCCAAAUCCUCAUCUACAUCAUGCUGGGGCUCCACCUCUCCAUCAUGUCUCGCGUCAGCCUCCAGGACCUCCAUCGUCAGUAGGAUCUGCACACGGAAUGCCGCCACAAAUUGCAUAUGCUUCCUCACAUCAUAAUGUCCCGAUGAAUUAUCAACCUCAUCAACCUCAACAUCCGUUGGAUGUAAAUGUCGCUAAUCAAUAUAGUGCGGUAAAAUCAGCUGGACAUGAGACGGGGAGUCCGCAAUACAGGCCGCCUUUUCCGCAGUUAUCCCCGCAAAUGUCACCAAGAGCUCAAGUUUCUCCAAGGCAGCAACCGCAACCUCAACCUCAAUUAUCACCUCGGCCUGUAAUGUCGCCUGUAAAGGGGCCGAGUGCAUCACCUCUUAGUUCUCGAGCCUUGAACCAAACUGUAGCCUCAUCCGGUCCUUCUGCAGUUACGGCUUCUUACCCAUCUCAAAAUACACUUCAGGCAUUGGAACAAAUGGUACUACCUACUUCUGGCGAGUUUCCUUAUCAACGUAAUCCAGCGUCUCCUAUUGUAGGACACAACGUUAUACCAUCUCCAUCGCAGUGGCCUCAAAAUAAGAUUCCUACUCCUAUUAGUAAUGUUCAUCAUGAAAAUAGUGAUUCUCCGAAACCAAUAGAUCCAUCGAACUCGAUUGCAACUCAAUCAAAGCACGAAAUGAAAAGUUCUACUCCAGUUCCGAUAGCGGCUGCGGAAGUUAAAACCGGCGAAAAAAGCACAGUGGAAUCUGAAAGAAUUACCGAAGAAGUAGCUAUCUCUCAAAGGCUUGUACCUAAUAAUACCCAAAAUACAAUAUCGAUUACAUCAUCAAACACAAAUACAAUACCAUCUAGUUUAUCUGUCUCAACAAAUAAUCCAUCGAUAGAACCUAAAAAUGACGUAGCAGUUCCCGCACAGGUCAAUAAAGAAACAUCAAACUCUGUUGGUGAUAUUACAAACGAAAAAACCACUGUUACAACUCAAAAUAAAGACUUAAAGCUAGGUCAUUUAUCACAAAACGUUGAGAACGAUGUCACAAAAGCACAAGAAUCUCCUAAACCACAAUUGACUUCAGAAUCUGGAAGACUAAAUAUAGUGGAACCAAUUAAUGAUCAUCAAAAAACUAGUUCCUCCAAUGUUUCUUCAGUCCACGUAAAUCCAGAUCCUCAACCGAAUGCUAUAAAAUAUGAUAGUGGUCCAGUUUCAAAUAUGUCUAGAAGUCAAGGAUAUCCAAAUGCUUCCUUUCAAAGCGUCUCAAAUAUGUUGUCUCCGAAUAUUUCUACAAGUAUGCAUGGAAAUUUAAAUACACAUUUGUCUCCUGGAUUCCAAAGAGAGCAUUCUUCAGCAAGUACACCGAUACCGAACAUACAAAAUCCUAUUACAUCGAGUCUUCAGCAUACAAAUAUGACUAGUUCUGUAUCAUCAAGUAUGACACUUCUCAGUUCACAGGGUAACAUAUCUAAUUUACCACCACCAGUUCCAAAUUUAAUAGGAAAUUUACCGCCUUCUGUGCAUAAUGCUCCCAAUAUUCAGAAUACAAAUAUACCCAAUAUACCAGUGGGAAUGCCAAUAAACUCCAACGUCCAUGUUCCUAUGGGACCAAAUCCUCCUGUAAUUUCAAAUGUACCACCGAAUAUGAACCCCAAUAUGAUGCUUAUAGGGCCAAAUAACAUGCCGCAUCCAAGCAUGUAUGCUGCUACACACCACCAAGAAAGAGCAUCUUUGCAACAACAGAUACAAGAAAUAUAUUGUUUGCCUCCAUCUAAUGAAAAUCAAGAAAAAGUAAGAUGUUUGCAAGAGAGACUAUCAAUGCUUCAGCAGCAUGAAACAAAUGACAAAUGCAGUGGUGGACCAAAUUGCUUAUUACAAAACCCUAUUUAUGGAGCUAAAAUGGUAGAAAGCCCUCAAGUAACAAGUACCACUGGCAGAGGAAGGGGGAAGGGUCCGACAAAACCAAGAAAACCACGUGUUAAAAAAGACAAAGGCGUUCCCACUGCACAAUCACUUGAUCAACUACCAGUGUCAGAAGAUUGUGUUACAGCUGGUACUGGUCUAUUAAAUAAUUCAGAGAUUGAUUUAGAAAUGAACGAGGACUUAACCAAUUUAGACAGUAGUGCAUUGUCAGUUGACGAUCUAUCCAGUGGAAAAGUUAAAAAACGAGGUCCCCGUAAAACAAAGGAACGCAAACCACGGACUCCAAAAAAAUCCAUUAUUGAUGGAGAACCUGGGGAAAAACAAGUUAAGGAACGUAAAAAAAGAGAACCGAAGGAUCCUAACGCCCCUAAAAGAAAAAGAAACGUUAAAAAAGGAACAUCAGAAAUACAAGCUGAUACUACUACUAACAAUGAUGUAUUAGAAAAAACUAGUACUGACAUGAGUUUAGGAGAAGUACCAUUAGCAACAAGUUUAAUAGCUCAAACAGAAAAAAUACAAAAUUCUUUUGCUCAAGAAACUACGUUAGAUGACUCCAAUGUUACAGAUUUUGACGAUAUUCCAGUAUCAAAGAUCGCUAUUAGAGAUUUAAUGGAGGAAGCUGAAGCUAAAAAAGAAUUUGAUAAAGAUGAUGACGUUGAAUUAUACGGACAAAAAAGAAAGAAUUCAAAAAAGAGGUCAAGCGCUGGAUGUAGUGGUAAAAGAAUUGUAGUAAAGAGACCACCCAGUGGUAAAAGGAAGAGAAGAGGUGGUAUAGUUCCCGAUUCUGAUGGAGAACCAGAUGAUAUGAUGUCAACACCACCACCGUCUCCGCCACCAGAAGGAGAUGAUAGUCUAAAAAGGCGCUCUGCUCGAAACACUCAACGCAAAAAGUAUACUGAUGAUGUUAUAUUGCGACUAUCUGAUGAUGAAUAUUCAAUAGCGACGUCCAAACAAGAACGCGAUCUUGAUGAUUUAUCAUUGGAUACUAAAGAUUUCAGUAGAUCAGAAGGAAUCCCUAAGCCAAAUUUUAUAUACGUAAAUACCACUGAAGAAGAUUCUAUGAUUGUCCAACAUGUUUUGGCAAGCCGCAUGGGCAAAAGAGAAUUAAAACAGGAGGAAAAAACCGCAGAGCCAUCAAAAAAGACAGAUGAAACAUGCGAAAUGGGCGUUAUACAAUCGAACAGUCAGUCUUCUAGUAAAAUAGACUCUGAUGAAAACAUUAAUGAAAAAAAUAAGAUCAUAGAAAGUGAGGUGGCUUCUACAAACGCAAGCGAAGAAACUACAAAAAAAUCAGGAGAACCUGAUAACCAUAAUGAUGACAAUGUAUUAAAAACUAAUAUCGUUGAUAACGAUAUCGAAAGUGAUAAAAAUCUAAAACCUGUUGUUGUUGAUGUUGAAGAAUAUUACGUUAAAUAUAGAAAUUUUUCGUAUUUACAUUGUGAGUGGAAAACAGAAGAAGAAUUGUAUAAAGGCGAUAAGAGAAUUUAUUCUAAAAUUAAACGGUUUAAACAAAAACAGGCCCAGCAGAUGAAUAUUUUUGAGCUUCUUGAUGACGAACCCUUCAAUCCUGAUUAUAUUGAAGCAGAGAGAAUAUUAGACAUGUCUGAAAACUUAGAUGCAGCCAACAAUAUUCCUGUUAAGCAUUAUUUAGUGAAAUGGAAAAGUUUGCAAUAUGAAGAUAGUACAUGGGAGCUAGAAGAAGAUAUAGAUGUUGACAAAAUUAAUCAAUAUAAAAUAUUUAACGAAAUUCCACCAAAGGAAAAAUGGAAGUUUAAAAAAAGGCCAUCAGCUGAGAACUGGACGCAGUUAAAAGAAUCUCCUUUGUAUAAGGGUGGCAACACGUUGAGACCAUAUCAGCUCGAGGGCUUAAAUUGGUUACUUUUUUCGUGGCAUAAUAAUCGCAACUGUAUUUUGGCAGACGAAAUGGGAUUAGGUAAAACUAUACAAAGUUUGACAUUUGUCAAUUCAGUUUGGGAAUACGGUAUAAGGGGCCCAUUUCUUAUAAUUGCCCCUUUAUCAACUAUCCCAAACUGGCAGAGAGAAUUUGAAGGGUGGACAGAAAUGAAUGUAAUAGUAUAUCAUGGCUCACAACAAAGUAAAAGCAUGAUACAUGAAUAUGAAUUCUAUUAUAAAACAGACAAAGGUGAACCGAUUAAAGAAAUAACCAAGUUUAAUGUUUUAAUUACGACGUUCGAAAUAAUUGUCACCGAUUUCCAAGAACUUAAAAAUUUUAAUUGGCGCUUAUGUGUUAUUGACGAAGCACACAGAUUGAAAAAUCGCAAUUGCAAGUUACUUGAAGGUCUCCGGCAGUUGCAUUUAGAACAUAGAGUACUUUUAUCUGGGACUCCUCUUCAAAACAAUGUCAAUGAACUAUUCUCUUUAUUAAACUUUUUAGAACCGUCACAGUUUGCAAGUAGUGAUGCUUUCUUAAAUGAAUUUGGUCAAUUAAAGUCUGAAUCUGAAGUACUUAAAUUACAAGCACUUUUAAAACCAAUGAUGUUACGUCGAUUGAAAGAAGACGUCGAGAAAACUUUAGCACCUAAAGAAGAAACUAUUAUAGAAGUAGAAUUAACUAACAUCCAAAAAAAAUAUUAUAGGGCCAUACUGGAGCGAAACUUUAGCUUUUUACAAAAAGGUACAGCAUCCGCAGCGAACAUUCCCAAUUUGAUGAACACUAUGAUGGAAUUAAGAAAAUGUUGUAUCCAUCCGUAUCUUUUAAAUGGAGCAGAAGAGCAAAUACAAUUCGACUAUAAACAAGCAAAUGGUGAAGACAGAGAAGCAUAUUAUAAAGCAUUAAUACAAUCUUCUGGUAAAAUGGUUUUAGUUGACAAAUUGCUUCCAAAAUUGAAAGCAGGUGGUCAUCGGGUUUUAAUUUUUAGUCAAAUGGUCAGAUGUCUAGAUAUUUUGGAAGAUUAUCUUAUGUUUAGAAAAUAUCCUUUUGAAAGAAUCGAUGGACGAAUAAGAGGAAAUCUUAGACAAGAAGCAAUUGAUAGAUUUUCCAAACCGGAUUCCGAUAGGUUUGUUUUCUUAUUAUGUACAAAGGCCGGUGGUCUCGGUAUCAACUUAACCGCAGCAGAUACUGUAAUAAUAUAUGACAGUGACUGGAAUCCACAAAAUGAUCUGCAAGCUCAGGCAAGAUGCCAUCGAAUAGGUCAGCAAAAAAUGGUCAAAAUUUAUAGAUUAAUAUGCCGUAAUACCUAUGAAAGGGAAAUGUUUGAUAAAGCUUCUAUGAAAUUAGGAUUGGACAAAGCUAUUUUACAAAGCAUGAACACCUCCCAGGGUAAAGAAGCUGGCUUAAAACAAUUAUCAAAAAAAGAAAUAGAGGAUUUAUUAAAAAAAGGAGCAUACGGUGCCGUAAUGGACGAAGAUAAUGCUGGUGAUAAAUUUUGCGAAGAAGAUAUUGAGAUGAUUUUAGCACGUAGAACUCAAGUUAUUCAAAUGGAAUCAGAAAAAGGAUCUACUUUUUCUAAGGCUAGUUUUGCCGCGACUGAUCAAAGAUCCGACAUUGAUAUUAGAGAUCCCGAUUUCUGGAAUAAAUGGGCAAAAAAAGCAGAAAUUGACACGUCAGAAAAAAAAGAAGACGAAGAUUUGAUUGUAACCGAACCGCGUAAAAGGACCGUUAUAAAAAGAUAUGGUCAUGAUGAUGGUCCAAUGGAUAUGUCAGACAUGGAAGUGACACCUGAUUCUGAUGAUGACGAAGAAGGCAUAAGUUUAAGGAGUAAAAGAAAGAAAGAAAAGUUCGGUAAGAAGGGUAAAAGAUAUGUAAGUGACGAUUAUGUUCCUCGCCAUGAAGGAAUUCCAUUCGACGAAGAGGUUGUAUAUGGUUCUUGGACUCGAUCAGAAUGUUUCAAAAUUGAAAGAGGACUUCUCACUUUCGGGUGGGCCCGGUGGGAAGAAAUCGUUGAUAAAAAUCAACUCAGAAAAGGUUGGACUAUACCAGUUAUUGAGGAUUGUGCACGAAUCAUAGCUUUAUAUUGUUUACGCCACUACAAAGGUGAUGAAAAAAUUAGAAAUUUUAUAUGGGAUUUAAUCGAGCCCUGUGAAAAUGGCGAAGUCACCAUAUCCAGAAAUCAUAGUGGUCUUCACAAUCCAGUGCCAAGAGGGCGGAAUGCUAAGAAGAAAAAUAGACCCAAAGAUAUUCCUAAGAGUAGUGACACACAAAAGUGGGAGGAUCCCAAUCAUUGGAGUUCUACAGAUAAAUACGACUGCGAGGCGUAUUUAGAGAAUAGUUAUAAAAAACAUUUAUUCCGACAUGCCAACAAAGUGUUGCUAAGAAUUCGCAUGAUGUAUUACAUUAAACAUGAAGUAAUUGGAGAUUACGCAACACGAAUAGAGUCUGGAGCACACGCCAGCACUUUAGGUAUGCGAGUACCGCGCGGCGUCGACAGCGCUCCGCCGCGCCUCUGGUGGGACUCCGAGUGCGACGUGUCGCUUCUGGUUGGCACGUACAAACACGGCUACGAGAACUAUCUCGCCAUGCGCUCCGACCCGCAGCUGUGCUACGUCGACAAGCUCGGUCCCCCCGAUGAGUCAGAGUGCACCGAUAUCAAAAGCGAAGAAAGAAAGGUACUGGGCAGCGUGGUGGGCGACGAGGAGUGUACGGACGACGUGUCGAGCGGCGCUGGAGCGACCUCCCCCGGCGCCUCCCCCCGCGCCUCGCCCCGCCCCGACGACGACCAUGCGCCCGCACAUCAGUGGCCAUCCAUGCAGGAUCUCAAUACUCGUCUUCGCCGCCUUAUAACAGCUUACCAGCGAAAUUACAAGCGAGAAGAACUCAAAAUGCAACAGAAAGCUAAGAUGGAAAGACGUGAGCGUAUGGAUCAAUUGGCACGUGACGAAGUUUCUCAGUGGAGAUGGACUCGGGCUGAUGAAGAAGCUUUCCGUAGGACCGUUGCCUCUUAUGGUGUAGAAUUUGACCCAGCCACUAAGAGCUUACGGUGGAGUAGAUUCAGAGCACUUGCGAGAUUAGAUUCUAAAAGUGACGACGCAUUGACUGACUACUUAAAGGCUUUUAUGGCUAUGUGUAAGCGUCAAUGCAGUCUAUCCGUUGGUGAAGCAGAGUUGCCUACAAGGGCGGAUUUAAAACCGGAGCCGAUCGGUGAAGAGAGGGCUAUUGCAACGUUGGAAAGAAUUGAUCUGCUGCGUGUAUUACGCGAAGAAGUAGCUCCUCAUCCGUCGCUCGAUUCUCGUCUGGCCCUUUGUGAACGUUCCUUCGAUAUGCCCCCGUGGUGGCAGCCUGCCCGACACGACAAGCUUCUCAUUUUAGGAGUUUGCAAACAUGGCUUAGGAGACACAUAUAAUAAAUUAUUCUGUGACCCUAAACUACCAUUCGGAGACAGUGCAAGAAAAUGGAUUUCAAAAUAUAAAUCUAAUUUAAAAACUGAAUCACAACAGAAGUCGUUAUCGGAUGACGACGAAAGAAGUACCUCAGAAACUGCUUCUGAACCGCGAAUGUCUCUGAGACGUAGUAAACGCACAUCUAACGUUCUCGAGCGUGAUACUGACGAUGAUACAGAUGCACUAUCUGAAUUAGAAACCUUGGCGAAAUUAGGUAGAGUCGAAGAAAAUUUGGGUCCCGAGCACUGGUUUACUGAAAGAGCCUUAGAAACUAGACUGCACCACAUCGCACACGCAGUACAGAACAGCGAAUGGCCGUCUACGUCGACAUCUAAAUUUGGAGAUAGCGGGGCGUCGGAACAAGUCGAGGAACGGAAGCAGAAACGUCAUAUCGCUAUAGACGUGGAGACGGAGCGGGCUAAGCUGCACGCACUGUUGUCGUCGCCUCAAGCCGCCCACUCCGCGUCGCGAGAGGCGCACCGGGCCGGCGGGGAUCGCGACGACGCAUCCAGCGACUCGGGGUCGAGGCGGUCCACGCCAGCGCCGCCGCCCGCGCACCAGCGUGUGAUACCCUCGCCUGCGCCGCCUGCACCGCCAGCGCCGCCGGCGCCGUCUGCGGCCGCUCCUGUCGAUCUGUCGGCACCGCUCGAUCUUAGCGAAGCGCAAGAUUUCUCACUAGGGCGACGAACACCUCAGACUGAGACGGCGUCAACGUCUCUGACACCCACGAGAAGCAGACUGGAUGAUACGCUCAGUAGACUAAUGAAAAGAAAGAAUGUGCCUGCACCCGAACAAAUAAUAGGAAAAGAGAAGAAAAGAAAAAAAUUAGACGAAAUUGUUUUGGGUCUAUCGGCUGCAAAAGGUCAAACAUCAAAUAGUACCGUUUCUCACGAUUCACCUCGAAGCAAAAGUACAACUAUUUUGCCGGAGGUGACAGUCACACCAGCGGCGCCUCCGAGUAGCUCUGCCAAUCCAACUCCACAAAAACCAUUUUCGGUGACCGUAACUAACGUCCCCUCUCCGCACUCAUCGUCUAAGGAGCUUUCGUCGUUCCUGCAACAAUCUCUAGAACAAACAUCUAAGAAUCCAAAAUCGGCAGCCUCAUCAUUACCCAAGUCAUAUUCACACGAAGCUAAGGUAAACAAAUGGUUGGCUGAACAAGCUAGUAUUGAUUCACGCCGACGAGGACCAACGCCUAGACUUGCGCCAGAUGAACACGUACCCGUAGUGCAUCGCGCUACCGGAAAACGAUUAGUGGGUCAUAAAGCACCUCAACUAAAACAUUUGGCACAAUGGAUUGCAGAAAACCCUAUGUAUGAUAUUGAUUCUAAGUGGACUGAAGGUAUAAAAGAACAUGUUAAACUACCGCAAGAUGUUCGAAGUCAGAGGCAGAGCCCGCUACAGUCCACGAGUUCUGCCCCUGAACGAAAAAAGGGUCGUCCACCUACAUUAGACACUUCAGCUACAAAUGUAUUGUCGUCGAAUGUGCAUUUGAAUCAGAAUUUAGCUGGGUUAAACCCAGCAUUGUUAGCUAGCUUAUCGAGCUUAAGUGCGUUUGACCCUAAAACUUUAGCUGCUACACUAUCGAAUUUGACAGGAUUUGAUCCAAAACUCUUGUCAAGUUUAACUAACUUUGAUCCGAAAAAUAAUCCUUUGUUGAAUUCCUUUAAUAGUAUGCCUAAUUUGCUUGGGAAUAUGUCUGGAGGCAAUUUAUUUGCAAAUUUAGCAGGACUAGGAAUACCUGGAUUUCCGUCUCUCGACAUGAAUAGUUUAAGUGGAUCUGGCACGUCUGCUGACGGUAAAUCAAAGCCAAGAAAAUCGACAGAAACUACAAGUUCGUCCUCAUCCAAAUCAGCUAAUUCGCAAUUUCCAUUCGUUUUUCCGAAUCCUAAUAUGCUAUAUCCUCAACUAGGCUUAAGUGGCCUUUCACCUUUUGGCGUACAUUCAGGAAUGACCUCGGCAUAUGAUGCUUUAGGCUUAUUAGGUACCAAUCUUACAUCUUCUUCUAAUACAACAAGUUUACAUGGCACCAGCCACAAUCCUCGCAGUAGUUCUAAAAAUACAACACCCAGAUCUUCAACUGUUGUUACUAAUUCAGCAACUGCUCGACAGCAAAAAGUUUCGGAUCGAUCACAGACAAGCCAUUUGCCACAAAUUCUAUUACCGACGGAUCCCUUUUUAUUGGAAUCACUAUCAAAGCAAGCUUUAAAUUACGACGCAUCUCUUAAAGCUGACAAAAGAUCUCGUGAAACUGACAACCAUGAAACAUCAGCAACUGAUUUAUCAAAGUCAGAUAAAAAGAAAAUGUCUUACGAUACAUUAAGAACUCCAAUCGUUCCUCCAGAAUUUGCUGCAGUUCAGGAAAAACUGCUUAAGGGUGACAAAAAAGAUAUUGACAUAAGUAAAAUGUUGUUAGAACAAAUGGCUUCUGGUGCCUUAAGUGCCAGCUUAGUGAGUUCAGCUGAAUCCAAGAAGGCUAAAGAAUUUGAAAAAGAUAUAUAUGAUAAGCAUACCAAACCACUUGAUUAUAUUUCCCGCAUGACCAAUGAAGAAGCUAAUGCAAAUGUAGCUCAAAAAAGAACAAUUGAAGAUAUAAGUAAUGAACCUGAAAAUUUAGCAAUGCAACCAUCUUCUAAGAAAAUAAAGGAUAAUCAUGAAUUAAAAGCGGACCCAACCACUAAUACAGGGGAAAUGGACUUGGAGGAUUUAAUAGCUCCAUCUACAGUUAUAAAAACUGGCAUGAAAAGUAAUGAUUAUGAGGUUGGUCGAUCAAAUGAAACAUUGCAAAUUACAAAUGUAGAAAGAGAGGAUAAAGUACAAAAACUGACCAACGAAUCUGAUAUACAGGUCAGCAAGGAAAAGGAUAAAAAUAAUGAUAGUAACAAAAACGAGAGUGAAAUUAGAGACGAUAUAAACGUUGAAGAUAGUGCAGCAGAUUUUUCUAAUACAGAUGCCGCACGUAAGGGCUUGAGAAAAAAAGGUCGCAAGUCUUCGGACGAAGCUCCUAUAAGUACAAGACGAGAGUUACGGUCAAGUUCUGGUAGACAAUCUACAGAUUCUACAUCUAAUCAUUAAAAUAUUCAAAUUAUUUGAUUCCAGUAUUCAAAAAACAACAAGAAUUAAUUAAGUAUAAAUUAAUUAAUUAUUAAUUAACGUUCGUGAAAGUCAUAAAUUGCAAAUAUUUUAACUUAUUGUAAUAUUUAAACGCCUUUUUAGGUCAAAAUGGGAAUGAAUUUAAAAAUUAAUGCAUACAAAUAAAUCCACUCUGUAAUUUUUGUAGAAGCUUGUAAAAAUUAUCUAGCUUUGAAUAAUAAUGAUUAUUGAAGACCCAAUCAAUUUUAAAUUUUAAAUAAACUAUAUAAUAUAAGAAUUUGCUUGGGAAGCCUAUGAAAAUUAUGGAGUGUGUUGAUUUGCUUAAACAUUUUCUUAUUUUAAAAGAAUGGCACACAAAUAUUUAUCAAUAAGUUAGCAUUUGUGUACUCAUCUUAUUAGUUAAAAACUAUUUUGGUUUAUAUGAUAUAUUUAUCAACGUUCUAGCCCG